AUGGCUGGGACUUGGCUGCUGCUUCUCCUAGCCCUUGGGUGUCCAGCCCUGCCCACAGGUGAGCCUCUCUAUGCCCUGGUCCCUUUCUAUGCCCCAAGUCUCUUCCCUUGCCUUGGGUUCCCUGGGUGUGGGUGGGAUUCAGGGAUGGAGUACAGAGGCAUUUGGGGCCUCCUGGGGAGGGUCCCACUAGAAGCCAAUCAUCCCUUCCGCGAUGUAUCCUACCUCCCAGCUGCCUCACUCUGGCCCCAAGAUGGUGGCCUGGGAGGCACGGACAGAUCUGGUCCCACAGGUGUGUGCUCUCUUGCAGGUGUGAGCGGCACACCCUUCCCCUCUCUGGCCCCUCCAAUCACUCUGCUAGUGGAUGGGAAACAGCAGGUGCUGGUGGUCUGCCUGGUCCUUGACGUUGCACCCCCUGGCCUUGAGAGCUCCAUCUGGUUUUCAGCUGGCAAUGGAAGUGCACUGGACGCCUUCACCUACGGCCCUUCCCCAGCAGCAGACGGCACCUGGACUAGUUUGGCUCAGCUAUCACUGCCCUCUGAGGAGCUGGCAGCCUGGGAGACCUUGGUCUGCCACACUGGGCCUGAGGCUGGGGACCACAGCCAGAGCACACAGCCCCUAAAAUUAUCAGGAGAGACUUCUUCAGCCAGGACCUGCCUCUGGGAGCCUCUCAGGGUGAUGCCAGACCAGGCGCUGUGGCUGGGGGCGCUGCGGCUGUUGCUCUUCAAGCUGCUGCUGUUUGACGUGCUCCUGACGUGCUGCCGCCUCCGCGCCCUGCCCGCCUCGCGAGGGGACCCGGACCCGGCGCCUGGCCCGCGGAACCCGGGUUUCCCUGCGCCCCCUACGCGCCGGAAGCCUCUGAGGAUAGGAGAGCCCUCCGCCCCCACUGACUGGAGUCACCGCAGUAAAGGGGGCACCACAGGCCAAGGGCUCACCCAGUCCGUCCCGCAGGCUCUGCAGCCCCUGGCCGGCCGCAGGGUUCACACCUACCGUCGGGCCCCGGAUCCCAGGAGCCCAGUCUGAGCGGAGGGGACGCUCUCUACCGCCCCAGCUUGGGCCCGGUGCUCAGGACCCACCUUCAGUAUCCUGGCCUCCAGCCUUGGAGCAUUUGUAUGUGGCCUGCGUCCGCCUGCAGAUCGAAGCUUCCCAGGGGCUGGGCUCUGUCUCCCCUCUCCAACUGAGGGCUUUUUGAGGAAAAAGGGUGCAUCUCUCCCAUCAGAUUGGGAACCCCUUGAGGGUGGUGAUUGAUCCAGGCACUGGGACAUUUGAGGUGCAAUUAAAUGACACAAGCAAGUGAAAAAUAUUUUAAUUCAUGUCUCCUCUGGGAGAAGGGCAUUUGGCAGGUUUAGAGGAGGCAGAAAUCUGGGGAAGCUCCCCUGAGGAAGAGGGCUUCCUGAGGGUGAGAGCCUGGGAAUUGCAGAGUAGAGCUGGGGGUUGGGGAGGACACUGUCCCGCCUCUGGCUCCUGACCCCACAGCCAGGCAUGGGUCAAGGCCCCUUCUCUGUCUCCUCAUCCUGGCCCAACCUCUGUGAGAGAUCAGGGUGAGGAACCCAGGAAGGUGGGGUGCAGGGCCUGUUGUGAAGUCUUGUACAGACUCGACAGAAGUGAACAGGGCCAAGAUCCCAGAGUAACAGGAUUAUGUCCAACGCCAGGAGCACGGAUGGUAAUUCCAAACUUACACGUUAUUAAUCAAUUAAGGGUCAUUAUUCAUUUGACAAACAUUCAUUGAGCAUUCAACUCUGAGCCAGGCACUAACGAGGUUUUUGUUUUGUUUCCUAAAAAGGGUCCUUGCACUGAUAGACUAUAAGGCUCCCAUGAUAGAGUGAAACAUGUGUGUCCCCUGUUUCUUCAGAGCUGGCAGGAAAUCCAUCCUUCCCCAGGGGUUCCUCUCAGUAAUCACCUCAAGAAACUCUGGGUGCUUUCAUGUCAAUCUAAAUGUCUCUGGACAGCACAGGACAGUCUAUUGGAUAAAUGGUGUUGCCUUAGUCUUCUUUCCCCUAAGGUGAUGGUGGGGAAGUAUACUCUAACAUCUCCCCCCUCCUCCCAAUAUGGUGUCAAUGACACCUCCGGCUUCCUGUGCCCUCUCAGCUGCUGGUCCAUGAAAACCCUCACUAUCUCCACUGCUCAUCUCUCACAAACCUGUAAGAAGAUUCUCUACUUCUUCUUUGGAUUCUUCAAGGUGGGGAGUGUCCUACAACUUUUAGGGAUGAAUCCAACCACCACCCUCACAGGGCCUGCUCCUUCCCCAAUGCACAGACUGAGGAGGGGGUAGGCUGGGUCAGGGUGAGGCAGGGCCCAGCCAUAGCCUCAGACUUUCUCCAGUCAUUGCCCCUUCCCAGCUCUCAGCCCAGAUAAUGAGCCCAGGGCUCCUGCCAAACUAAUUCUUGCCUCAGUAAAUGCCUUCUCAUUUUGGAAGCAGGGCUUCCCUUAGCUUCAACACCUUUCUUCCCAUCUUGCUCCAAUUCCCCCAGUCCUGCUCUGCUCCAGACUCUGAACCCCCACUGAUGCUGGCUUAACAUUAUUUCGCAGGAGGGCCUAGAUAAAUCAAGUCCCUGCUUUCUGGGAGCUCAGAAUCCAAAGAAAUAAAUAAUAGGGCAGUAAAAGGGACUGAGGUUACACACUAAAAAGGAAAUUAAUGCGUGAACUUUUUACAAUCUGCUCGAUAAGCUUUAAUUCCACUCACCUAUUUGAGCUUCCCAGCAACAGACAAGCUUCAAAUAGCAGUUGGAUCACUCAGUCAUCAUACAGAUGGAAACUGAAGCUCAGAUACCAAGUGAUUUGUUCCAGUUCUCACUGGGACAAAUCUAAGGUUAC